AGGCCUGCCGAAGCGCCUGCGUGACGUCAUGCUGGAGCAGAAGAGAUAAGAGACGGUCAUAUAGGAAGGGAGUUCUGUUUCCUGGUGUGUCUCUCGGUGCUGCGAAAGAUUGUCCGCGCGUCCCGUCAGCCUCGCGUAUCGCCGAAAUGUCGUACGCGUAUCUCUUCAAGUAUAUCAUUAUCGGGGACACAGGAGUUGGAAAGUCCUGUCUUCUUCUUCAGUUUACGGAUAAGAGAUUUCAGCCAGUCCAUGACUUGACAAUAGGAGUCGAGUUUGGCGCUCGUAUGAUCACCAUUGAUAGCAAGCAAAUUAAACUGCAGAUCUGGGACACUGCAGGCCAAGAGGCAUUCCGUUCUAUAACAAGAUCAUAUUACCGUGGAGCAGCCGGAGCUCUAUUGGUAUAUGACAUUACGCGUAGGGAAACUUUUAAUCAUCUUACAACAUGGCUGGAAGAUGCAAGGCAACAUUCAAAUUCCAAUAUGGUUAUCAUGUUAAUCGGCAACAAAAGUGAUCUGGAUAGCCGAAGAGAAGUUAGGAGAGAAGAAGGCGAGGCUUUUGCACGGGAACACGGUCUCGUCUUUAUGGAGACCAGCGCUAAAACUGCGGCCAAUGUAGAAGAAGCGUUCAUCAAUACGGCAAAAGAAAUAUACGAAAAAAUACAAGAGGGCGUCUUUGACAUUAAUAACGAGGCAAAUGGUAUUAAGAUUGGACCACAGCAUUCGCCAACAAGUCCUGGAGGUUUAGCAGGAACUGGUGGACAAGGUAGUGCGCAGGGUGGUGGGUGCUGCUAGGGGCUGGGGCUCACCUGUCCACCGCUUCAUCCUUCUCCGAUCUGAAUUGACCUUACUCCUGCUCUUCGUUUUAAUCUGAACACACUUUGUACAACUUAAUUUCGCGCAUGUCGCGGUCAUGAGGUAACAAGUGACAAUUGGUGUAUUUAUUAGUUGAAAUAAUCUUAUACACGUAAAUAAAUAGGAUUAUUGUAAGACGAAAAUGUUAUACAUCACUAAAAAAAUCAUGAAGCAUUAAUAAAGUCUUUAUUUACAAAUUCUCGUAAAAGAUACGAAUGAAGUUAUAUCAUUCUUCAAUAUAUUUCUGGCGGACUUAACUCUAAAGCAACAGACGUACUUUCUCCAGCUCUUGAUAUACAAUUUAUUAACAUAUACAAUUAUUAUUUAUAUAAUCAUUAUAUAUAUAUAUAACCAUUUUCGUUCUUGCACAUCACGUAAUAGUUUUACUUUCUAUAUACAACAUGAGACAUUGUUUUAAACCGGUAUCUGUGAGGUUCCACUAAUUUUUAUUGUAGAAAUAUUUUACAUUUAUUUAAGUAUGCAUAAUAUAAUUUUUAACUUUAAUUAUAUUGUUGUAAAGUCUAGCUAAAAGCUUGUCCCCCACUUUAUGCAGCACGACGUGAAAUAAUUGUAUUAAGUAAUGUAUAUCAAUUAUCGGGAGUGAUAAAGCGGGAGAAGACAGGCACUUCGAUUUAAUGUUUUAUAUUUGUUUAAUAUGUAUCGUGUACUGUAAUGUAAUGUGCACUAAUGAUCAAAAUUCCGUUCUAUCGGUAGUGGCUCAUGGACGCUGAUGUACCAGUUAAAAUUGAUUUGACGUGAUUUACACCUAAUUACCUAAAAUAACAUUAUAUAUAUGUAUGUAUUGAUGUAUAAGAUGAUGAUUAUAUAAAACGUAUAUUAAUCAAUGCCAUCAGAAGGCCUAUUUAACCAGAUUUAUAUUCUACAUAAUAAUUACCAAAAAGAUCUCUUAUUGCAUAUAUUGGCUAUUGGUAUCAUUAUUUAUGGCCUUUUCAGAAAACGAAGACAUUAUUAGUGCUAUAAACGAAUCAAAAAGAUACAUUUUUACAAUUUAUAUUAUAACCGAAGUCCCCUAAUAUUCUAAUACAUAGCACAAGGAUUAUAUGUUUCAAUUAGACCAUAGAUAAAGAUAUCAAUCCAAAUAUGGCAGUGAUAAUUUUACCUGUACUUUAUCAAAUCCAAAAAUAACUCCAAUGAAUAUUCCUGUUCUUCAUUUCGCAAAAAUAAUUAUGAAUAUUUCAGAAUCUACAGAGACAUGAGACACAAGAUAUUUAAAUACAUGAUGAAUUAAGGAUAUAGGCUUUAAUAGUGCACGUUAUUAUAUUUAUUGAAAGAUUCGCAUCAGCUGGAAGGAAAAAAAAAGAAUUAUGCAUUAAUAUUAAUAUUUGAUCUCGAUGAAAUUAUGACGAAACGCAUCUCUAUAAGCAUAAUAUAUAUCUAAUUAGUACAAAUUGGCUUCUCUGAGCAUUGUUAUGGUCAAAUGUUAUUUAUGAUGUCUUAAAUUACGAGCUUAUAUCUAAUUGUUAUACCAAAGAAUGUGUCAGCAUUGUAUAUCUCUUUUGCGCUUGUACACUGUAAUAAUUAAAUAAUGUACAUUGGCAUCAGAAAAUCACAAUUCAGUAUAUAUUUGAUUUAGUAUAAUCUAGCGAUUAUUCUACACGGUCGAAACCAAUUGACGGCUUGUGAUGUAUUUUGUAUGUAUGCUUUGUGGGCAUAUCUUUUCAAUUGGAAAAUAUAUAUGUGCACAUUA